AUGGAAAGGUUUGUAGAUUACCUAUACGAUGUCGACUUUGUUCUAAUUGUUUCCGUAUUCGGGCGUGGUUGUGUAGGAGAGAUGUUAGCUUAUGCUCAUCAUUGUGCCCUCGAUCCUUACACUAAUAGGCCGAUAGCAGGUCACGUGAACUUCUGUCCGGCAGCCUUGAAGAGCAUGAAAUCAAUCGAGUUUUCGCAUGGAAUGAACACCGUCAAGCACGAACUCACCCAUGCUUUCGUGUUCGCCCCGCCUCUCUAUCCAUACUUUCCCGGAGCUGGACCACCUCAACGGGAUGGAAAGGUGAACCUUAUUCCUAACGUCGCGCAACGAUUCACCCGUGUCGACUGGGAAACUUCAAAAGGACCGAUGGAACAUGAUGUCUACAUGAUAACCACACCGAAGGUGCGAGAAGAAGCUCGACGGCACUUCAAUUGUUCGACACUGGAGGGAGCCGAAGUUGAAAAUCAUGGUCCACCUGCAACGAUUUUCGCACACUGGGAGAAGCGUGUAUUUGAGGUCGGUUAUUUUCAAAAAAUAUCCCGAAAUGUUGUGCUGAUCGAGGUCGGAAUAAAGGAGGAGAUGUGGGAAAUAGGAGACGAAUAG